UAAUCUUCUGUGCUAUUUUCCCCUUUUUAGCCUCGAAUUUGUUGAAUUUCCAUGAAAGACACCGUGAUAGAAAAGGACAAAAGGGGAAUUAAAAGAUUUAUUAUAUGUAAACUAAAAUCCAACAUAGAAACUGAAAUUGGAGAUAGAAAAUAGUUAACAAUGUCUCAGCUGCUGAAGCUCUAUCUCUUUGCUUACAACUCUCUCCAGGCUUUUGGCUGGACAAUUUCUCUGUUCAGAAUUUUGGCCAGUUUCGUUGCCACCGACUCAGUAAAUGGAGCUUAUGCUUCUGCUGGAGACUUAAUCUGUUUGUUACAAACUUGUGCAUUCUUGGAAGUUGUACAUGGAGCAAUAGGAAUUGUUCCAAGUGGAGUGUUGUUUCCUUUGAUGCAAUGGGGUGGAAGAACACAUUUCUUGUUAGCAAUCGUCCGCCAAAUUGAUGAGGUCCAGGAGUUUUCUGCAGUUUUCAUAGCAUUUUUUGCUUGGAGUCUAACUGAGGUAAUUAGGUAUUCGCAUUAUGCAUUGAAUAUCUAUGGCAGUUGUCCAUCUUGGCUCACCUACCUGAGGUACACUACAUUCAUUGUGCUGUAUCCUUUGGGGCUUGCUCCUGGUGAAAUGUGGCUCAUGUUCCAAGCACUUCCAUUUAUAAAGGAGAAGAACCUCUAUGGUGAUUUCUUUGCUAGUCUUCCCUUUAGCUAUUAUAAUUUCGUCACGGUUGUUCUUCUCAUUUAUCCAUUCCUAUGGUUGAAACUUUACGGCCAUUUGUUUAAGCAGCGACGGUCAAAACUCAGUAAACACCACGAGAAGAAGAAAAAGUGAAGUUAGAAGGUUUCAAUUUUUUUAACCAAUAAUUAUAUAUGGAACAUAAAUGACUUCAACUUUGAUAUUCCAUGAUAUUAUGUAGAUGGACAAUUUGCAGUGUUUUUCCUAUAUAACCAGCAACAUGUACUUCCUAGGAAUGAAAUGCGCCCCUAUUUUUUAGAAGAUGCAUCAUAUAAUCAUAUCAGAUCCUUCUAUUCUGCAAUUUACAUUUCUAGGGCUUGAGGUUUUCAUUGUUUGCUGCCUCUUGUUAUAUCCCAUGACUUUGAACUUUCUGGGUGAAAUAUCUGGCUUAGGGCCCUAUAUAUAUAUAUAUAUAUUAUAGUGGCAUUAGCCCUGCACCAUUCUUUUAAAUCUAUUGACUAUUAAGUUGU